AGAGUUGUGUCGCUCUUUCGUAUAAUUUUACGCGCGUGUUUACACUCGUUGCCAUUCAACCUGAAAUCCAAUUAAAAAAAUGGUCAGCGACCUGAUAAAAGCUUUAUAAUGGGAUAAUUGUGUGAUUAGUAAUGAAUAUGUGUGAGUCGGUGUAAAGUUACAAGUGGAAAAUGAUUUUUGAGGAUGUGAUUUCGGAAAAAUGGUGAAGAAGUCUACGCGAUGGUCGCACGUUGGCUUGUGGUUAUUUCACCUGUGUGUGGUGGAUGGGCUGAUAGAAAUCGUCGAAGAACAACAAUGUCACGACUACGGGUUCCGUUUGACGUGUCGCGACUUAGACUCGCACAUAGCCGUCCUAGAGGCGUGGUACACCUCCACAGUCGACUACCACGUCACCAACACCACUCACGAGACUUUAAAACUUAAAACUGAGAACGAUUCCGAACUCAAUCGAGUGUAUAUCUAUUCUAGUCCAAAACACGACGGUGUCUAUGAACCAGCGAAUCAUUCCAUGUUUGAAAAUUUAAAUUAUUCGAUUACCGUCGAUUUUAACGAUUCGCUUAUUGAUGUAUCGAAUGAUACGGAUUUGAGUGUUGAGUUUGUGAACGCGAGUUGUGGUGCUGUGACGUUUGUGAGGAGUUACGGGAGUUGGAGGGAAGGAGACAAGAGGAGGCGACAACAUGUGGAGCGGAGUGCGUCUGUUAAUUUGAGAGCGCCCCUCAGUUACCGGUGUAGUGGCGUGAACCACUGCAACUUUGUCCUCACGGAGGACUACCCACCAGCUGUCAGGUGGCCGCCAGGAGUUGUGUACAUAAAAUACGCUUGUUUUGACGACACCCUAUCAGUCCACUACUGCAACCGCGAGGUGCUAGUCGCCGUGUCCGGGCCGGACAGCGAGGGUUACAUCCGGACGCCCGGUUACCCCCACUUCUACAUCGAGGAUGAGUGCCGGUGGCGCGUCCGGACCAACCCCGAGCAGAGGCUGCGGAUCACCAUUGUGGAUGUUAGUUUGAGGACAAUAGGCCCGUUCGAAACGUCGUGCAAAGACUACAUUUCCAUUCAGGAAUCGAACGGAGACACCCUGCUGUCGACGUGCGACCAGGUAGACCUGCCACUACGUCUCACCACCGCAACUAACUCAGUUGACGUACUGGUCGAGGCCAGGUCGAAAGGAGCGUAUCCUAAAAGAGGGGUGCUAUUGCAUUAUAAAAGUAUAGGUUGUAUUACUGUACCACCGCCAUCUAACGGCUACCUCGUGUAUCGCACAGAAGAUGUAGCUCACUACAUGUGCCAUGUGAAUUUUGUUUUCGCUGAUACCCAACAGAGGGCGCGCAUGCUAUGGUGCUUUGAUGACAACAGAUGGAAUGAUUCCGUGCCUUUAUGUGUUGUAGAAGCGGCUCUAAAGGCCGUCGGGAACGAUUCAGUUAAGAGUAACCAGACAGAUACAAAACUGCCGCCACACGACGAACCCAACAUGAUAGUAGAUAUAGUGAUCCCGUCGUUGCUUAUAGCGGCGCUGUUUAUCGGAAACGCGUUCAUCGUGCUCAUCAUAUACAAAUAUAGAAAACGGAAAAACGAUGACCUGGACGACGAGUUUAACACGAUUCCACUGAGCGGCAACGGGAACGUACAUAGCGCGGGAAAUGCGGUUUAGUGUUUUAAAAAAAAGAAUUAGGCUUUUACACACCAAAGAUUUGUAUUUUAGUUAACUAACUUAACGUUAAGUGAGCAAACGAUUUUAGUAUUGAUUUUUUUGGUUGAAAUCAUAAGGUAUGCUAAAGAAAUAUUUAUUUUUAAUGCGCAAUUUAUAAUAACUUAUCGUGUAGGUAAAUUGAGCGAAUCUAUAAAUAUUAACUGCUGGGAAAAUUACCGUUACAUUCAAAUGUGUUCAAUAAGUUUUUGUCAAUAAUCAAUAUUCUUGAAAUCGUCUUUGGUGUGUAAUAAUCUCCAUUUGGAAGUUAAAUCGGGCAAGGACAGACCGACGACGAACUACCGCCGUGUCGCCGGUGUGUCGUUAGCCUUAGGCCUUAAGUUACCUAUUUAUUUGUUAAUUAGAUACCCUUAGACGCGAACGAUAGUCCAGUGACAUAUUUUCUUCUCAUAGGUGACCAUUAGGAGUUAAGUAAGGACUGAUAUUAAUAUAAUACUCGUUUAAAGUAGACGAUUUUUCUGUCGCACGUCUGACACUGCCUUUGUUUGUCACUGUAGUCAAUUAUGUUAUUGGCGAAUCAUCACUAAUUAAGUAAUGUUUGAAACGUCUCAGAAAAUACGCUGACACAGCAUAUACUCAUGUUUGCCAAUGUUCAAUGUCAUCGUAGCCGGAGAAAAACUUAAAGGUUGAUUAGUGAAGUGAAGACAUAAAUAUAUAUUCUGUACAAGGAGUCUAGUACUGUUCUUCGACUGUCGUUUGGCAUACGAGCAGAUCUAUAUCUUUUGCAGCUUUUGACAUUUAGCCGCUAAGACUUCUCAUACUUCUUCACAUUUUUGUCAAAGAAAAAAUACCUGUCGGCGGUCUCCAGCCAUCGUAGCAUGGCGCACGCGACACAGUUGUUAUCGCGUGAUAAACUAUUGCUGUUUCGCUUUUUAUUAUAACGUAAAACGAGGAUAGCGAUAGGUUUUUAGAAAUUGACGUCGCGCAUUCCAAUCUACGAGAGCAGCUGACGAAAAUUCAUAUCGUCGAAUCUUCCGUAGGUCGAACGAUCGUCGUAGUACAGUUUUAGGCUUCGGGACAGCUUGAACAUAUUCAGCUGGUACCAAAGGACAGUGUAUGAAAGUUGAGUUGGUACAAUGAGUUACAAAAGAAGCUUCUGUGCUUUACUUCUCAUUCGUCUGCGCUACAAUAAGCCACUUUGACAACCUAUUUCUGAAUUGUAAGGGGCGAUUCGUCGAUAAUUUCCUCCUAUUGUUGUAAAGCUUCUUCAAAAAUGAAAUCGGUAUCUAAAUGUAUCAAUGUUAAUUGGUUCCCCCACACAAUUGUUGAUGUUUUGUAUGUAUUUGGCGAAAUCUGUAUAAAUUCUGUAAUAAUAAAAGCACUUUAUCUUUGA